AUUAUACAUUCCAACGCUAUGUAUAUGACCACCUUGUUUAUGCAAUGUGUUUCGAGGUGCGAUGCUAGCGAAGAAACGUAAGUUCCAGGUAAGGAUUACGGAUAUUCCGUAUGAUAUUCUGAGAUUAAUCGCAUCAUUUUCACCAAAAGAGUUCUUAUCGCUUUCAAAAUAUCUGUCUAAGAUAGCAAAGAGCACUAGAACGACGUUGAACGUCUCCAGGGCUCAUAAGUUGGGAAUAAAUCCAAAACUCGUGGUCGAGGCAAUUUUCAGUUCCCCUAAUAUAAUCACAUUAAACGUUGGUGGAUGGCCAAAAUGGGAUAAUUCUUGCCUGGACUAUCUCUCGAAGAAAAUCAAAGAAGGUCAUUUCAGAUCGCUUAAGCAUCUUCAUAUGAGCAACUGUAACAACAUUACCAAUAAAUCGUUACGUGUAUUGUUAUCGUGCCUUGGAAAACGCUUGAAGACACUUGAUGUUUACAAUUGUAAACACAUUGAUUUUUACGCAUUAACAACGGCUAUAUCUGAACUUGAGACACUCUUACUAGGGUAUUCAAAGGCUAUAUCUUCGUCAAAUUCCUCUAAUUUUGACGUCAUCCGAUUUUUGUUUGAGCACUCUGGUGACAGCUACAGUCGGAUAGUACUUCCUAAGUUAAAGGUUUUGCAGAUUUGCAACACCUUGGAUAUAAAGUUACUAUCGCCUCUUAAAGGAAUAGCCACUACAUUGAGAGUUUUGGAUAUCCGGGGAUGCAAAGGGAUACCAAAGCAGGAGUUAGACUCUAUUGAACAUUUGACUAAUUUAGAAGAGUUAUACAUUGGCAUGAAUAUAGAGAAUGAGACACUCUCAAGAAUCGCAAAAAACUGUACAAAACUUUCAGUUUUAGACAUCUCAGAAUCGCAAAUUACAUCACAAGUAGUCAACGAUAUCGUGGAUAACCUUCCCCUGUUGGAGAAAAUAAAACUUUCCAAAUGCGGAAACCUGAAUAACCAUGAUUUGAGAAAGCUUUUGACUAGUUUAUCACAUUUGAGCGUCAUUGACGUAUCACAUUGUUGGAGAUUAACGGAUUCGUUUUCACAUCAAAUUUCAACUGUAUCACCGGAGUUAAAGACAAUAGGAGUAUACAUGUGUUCACUUGAUUAUAACAAGCUAGUUUACAAUCUGAAUCUGGCCGGAGCCAGUGAUAUAGCGGCAGUCACUAGAAAUGAAGUACAUAUUGUUGGAAAUCAACUCCACGCUUAA